CGGACCGUACAACCGACGCACCGAUCUACGAAGUCAACCGUAGAGGCGCGCCCCCUCCAGGUAGCGAUAUCCUCUCCUGCACAGGAUAAGUUUCCAGCACGUUAAUUUGCGCAAUUCUCCAAUUACUGCAUUCCGGUUUGACUUCUCCUUUGAAGCUACCAAAAGGUUCUACUGAUAAACUGUUUUUUAAUUCCAUUUUUAUCGUUUUGCGUUUACUGGAAGAAGGGCCUCAAUAAGGUUUCGUUUCUGAAUCUAGGGUUUUAGCUUAUUGAAACUACGUUUUGAUUCAAUUAUGCGUUUUUGAAUGAAAGUGAUUCCUUGACUGUAUCGAGAUCAUUGGUUACGGUCCUGGGUCCUGGUUGGUGAUGAAGAAUGUGGAUAUAGCCCAAUGGCUCAAGGAGCUGCCUGUGGCGCCUGAAUUUCGCCCCACAGAUACUGAAUUUUCUGACCCGAUUGCUUACAUUUCUAAAAUCGAGAGAGAAGCUAGCUCUUUUGGUAUAUGUAAAGUGAUUCCACCGUUUCCUAAGCCUUCAAAGAAGUAUGUGCUCCAUAACCUGAAUAAGUCGCUCACGAAGUGUCCAGAGCUGGGUUCAGAUGUAAAGGUUGGUUCUGAUAAGGGGAAAGGUGAAUGUGGGGAGUCUAGGGCUGUGUUUACUACCAGACGCCAGGAAUUGGGACAGAGUGAGAAGAAGCAGAAGAAGAAGGGGGUGGCAGGGAGCCAGCCAUUUGGAGCUCGGAAACAGGUGUGGCAAAGUGGAGAAGUUUAUACACUGGAACAAUUUGAAGCAAAAUCUAAGACUUUUUCUAAGAGUCAAUUAGGCCCGGUUAAGGACGUUUCACCAUUAGUUGUUGAGGAUAUGUUUUGGAAAGCAGUUCAUCAGGAACCUGUUUAUGUGGAGUAUGCUAAUGAUGUGCCUGGUUCGGCUUUUGGAGAACCUGAGGGAGUAUGUAAUAUGUAUAGAACAAGGAGGAGGAGGAAGAGGGCAGUGUUUGAUCGAAACAACAAAAGAAGUUGUGAUAGCAAGAAUGAAGUAGGUCUUCUUGAUAGUGAUAGUAUUGAUAAAGAGUCAUAUCAUUCGAGUCCUAAUUUAUGUAAAGUCAUGCCGUCUGAUUGUUCAACAUCCUUCCAACCAAGCCAGAACACACCAGUCUCACGGACAAAUGAUUUACAUGACAGCAACAAUGUGGAAGGCAGUGCUGGCUGGAAGAUAUCAAACAGCCCCUGGAAUUUACAAGUGAUAGCAAGGUCACCUGGAUCACUAACCCGAUACAUGGCAGAUGAUAUUCCUGGUGUUACAUCUCCUAUGGUAUAUAUUGGUAUGUUGUUCAGCUGGUUUGCGUGGCAUGUUGAAGACCAUGAGCUCCAUAGCAUGAAUUUCCUUCACAUGGGAUCCCCUAAAACUUGGUAUGCAGUGCCGGGUGACUAUGCAUCAAAAUUUGAAGAAGUUGUCCGAGUCCAUGGUUAUGGAAAUAGUACUGAUCGGUUAGCUGCUCUGACACUAUUGGGUGAGAAAACUACUCUUCUAUCACCUGAUAUAAUUGCUUCAUCAGGCAUCCCCUGUUGCAGGUUAGUACAGUACCCUGGUGAGUUUGUGAUUACUUUUCCAAGGGCAUACCAUGUGGGAUUCAGUCAUGGUUUUAAUUGCGGGGAGGCAGCUAAUUUCGGAACUCCACAGUGGCUUACAGUAGCUAAAGAUGCUGCAGUUCGCCGAGCAGCCAUGGAUUAUCUUCCCAUGCUUUCUCAUCAGCAGUUGCUAUAUCUGUUGACAAUGUCUUUUUUUUCAAGAGUGCCUAAGUCAUUGCUACCUGGAGUGAGAAGCUCUCGCUUGAGAGAUCGUCAGAAGGAAGAAAGAGAGACUUUGGUGAAGAAAGCAUUUGUGGGAGAUAUUCUAAAAGAGAAUAAGUUAGUAACCAUUUUACUACAGAAAAAUUCCUCUUACCAAGCAGUGUUUUGGGAUGUGGAUAUGUUACCAUCUUCCAGUAAAGGAUUUGAAUUGCAACAGUGUGUUGGUUCUGAUCAAACAAACAAAUUUAGUGUUCAAACCAAGAACUACAACAGUCAAGACGUUUUAAACCAAAUGAAAUCUUAUAUGGAAAAUUUGAGUGAUUUUUAUGAGGAAGACGAUUUAUCAAAUGAAUUUCAAGUUGAUACUGGAGCCUUACCUUGUAUAGCUUGUGGAAUCCUUGGUUUUCCUUUUAUGGCUGUUGUACAACCAUCAGAGAAAUCAGAAAAGAGCUUUUCCUCGGAUAACCUUCAAAUGAAACAAAGCACAGGAGAUCUAAAAGUCACAGAAUCACAUUCCCAUUCACUAGUAGUGAACAAUGUUGCAGGACAGUCAUGUAUAUCCCAAAUGAAGGAUCAACCCUCAUCAGUUGGUCCAUCUCCACAUAAUCUAGCUGUCAAUUUUGAAGGUGAACGGGAUGCCCGUAUUAAAUUUCUAAGGCCGCGAAUACUUUGCAUAGAACAUGCUAUUCAAACUGAAGAGUUGCUGCGUACAAGAGGUGGGGCAGAAGUUCUUGUUAUCUGCCAUUCAGACUUUCAGAAAAUUAGGGCUUAUGCUGCAUUUAUUGCAGAGGAAACGGACACUGCUUUUGUCUAUAACGACAUUCCCUUAAAUAAGGCAUCUAAGGAGCAUCUCCAGUUGAUCGAUCGUGCAAUUGAAGAUGGAAACAGUGAAUGUGCUGAAGACUGGACGUCAACACUACACAUCAAUUUACUGCACUCUGUGAAGUUGUGCAGAAACAACAGUCCAGCAGCCAAGAAGAUACAGUAUGCGCUGAUUCUGAGCAGGCUGUUCCCCGACAAAGCCCUCAGUACAGAGUGUUUGGGUUACAAAUGGGAAUCCAGAAAAGUUCGCUCAAAGAGAAAGUUGAAUUCCCAAGCACAAAGCAAACCACACACUUCUUCAAAAACCAGUGAGGAGGAAGGUUUAGUAUCUAAAGUAGACAACAUUCAAACAGCAAGAGUAGAAAAUACGACAAUCCAGUAUACAAGAAAAAGAUACAAGUUAAAAGCACAGGCUUCUACAGAUGUCAUCAGUAUGGCCUCUGUAGAAAGUGAUAUUAUCAUUCCCCAUGAAGUCUCCACCAAUGCUUUUGAAACACCGGAAAAUCUCAUUCCUCAGGCGUUGACUACAAAGGAUCAAAAUGCAAACUUACCCGCGAAGGAUUCUCCUGUUGUCCCCACUUUUGUGAAAAGCCCAUGCGAAGGCCUGCGACCAAGGGCAGCUAAGAAAGAGACAUCAGUAUGUACAAUCGGUGAUAAUACCAAAAACCCCGUAGAGGGGAAAACAUCUGGCAGGAAAUUUAACGAGUGCAAGGUUGAAGGAUGUGGUCUCUCUUUCAGGUUUGUUUCAGAGUUUAGUAGACAUAGGCGUAAAACGGGACAUCACAUCUGCUGAUCCUCCAAGUUCUAAAAUUGGGUUGUGUCAUCAGGUUUGUUUGUUAUGUAAGUUUCCUACUCUUUUGUUUUUUAGGUUAGGAUUCCCCGCAGAGACCGAAGGGUAAGUAGUCAAUAGUCUGAAGCUUUUGAAAUGUACCAAACUGAUUUUUGUUGUUGUUAAUCUUUAGGUAGUUUAGACUGCCUGUGUGGUUUAAUUGUUAGUGUGUCAAGAUAGUCGAUUUUAUUAUACUGAUCCAAUGUGUGUUUGGACAUGUAGGACUUGUUCUCUUCAAGUGAUCUGAUUGGAAUAAGUUCUGAUGUGUUUG